AAGUGCUUUGUACGCGUUGCCAAUCCUUCUUCCGCUGCAAAUCCUUCUUCAGAAGUAUCCUCGGCGCCACAUGUCGCCACGCAUGCCACGCAGCACUGCGGGCGCCGCCACCCGUCGCUCCGAGCCCUCGCACUUAACCCCAGCCCGCCACCACCCAGCGACCAACAAAUCCUCACCUUCCGCCUCCUCGCCAUGGCAGACCGGCCGCCGCCCGGCCCGCGCGCAGGCGCAGCCUUGCCCCGUCCCUCGCGGCGCGGCCAAACGUCGACGACAGACCACCACUCGCUCCUCGGACGGGCCCAACCCCACGUCCCCAGCUCCACCCAGCUGCUCGGCUUCCUAGCGCUGGCCGUAACCCUGACGGCCCUCCUCGUCCUCGCGGGGGUCACGCUCACGGGCGCGCUCGCCGCGCUCGUCCUCCUCAGUCCGCUCGUGCUCCUCACCGUCCCGCUCUGGGCGCCCGUGGCGGUCGUGGUCUUCCUGACGGGGCCCGCCUCGCUCCUCGCCUGCUGCGCAGGCGUGGCCGCGGCCGCCGCGGGCACGUGGGCGUACCGGUACUUCACGGGGCGGCACCCGGUGGACGCGCACCGGUUGGAGCCCGUGGACGACUCCCGGAGCACGGUGGUGGACGUGGCGAGCCGCGUGAGGGGAUACUACGACGCCUACGCGCGCGAGCACGGCGGGUACCCGCGCCCGCACGGCCGGGUGAAGGACGCCGCGCCCGGGGCGUAGGCCGUGGCCGUGGGCCGAUGCGUGCGUCUCGGCGUCGGCGCACGUUUUAGGCUGGUCCUCUGUGUUCAUACGUGUCGAUGUAGCUGUUGUGUUUAAGCUGGAACUGGAUAGUUUUAUCUGAGCUCUGAAAAAUAAUCCUGUAAGAUCUGAUCUUAUACAUUUGAAGUUUUGAAUCUAAUUUAUAAUGAUCUCAUACAUUUGGAGUC